UGAUCAUUAGCCAAUCACCCAAUAAAAAAAAGAGAACCUGGUGGUUAAGGUUUUAUAACCCCUGCACACUUGCUCCUCCUCCUCCUCCUCUUCGUCUUCUUCAAAAACCAAGAGAAAAACAGAAAUCUGCAGGUUGCAGCUUGUGGUGUUGUUAGUUUACUUGUGACAAUGACCUCUCUCUCUCCUUCCAGCUUACGUUGUGGGUAAUGGGUAUGCAAAUUUAUGAGCUCCACAUGGAUUUUCUGUUCAGCUUUUCAAGUACGUACAAACUCUAAGUAUAUAUGCAUAGAGAAGUUUAAUCCCCUUGUAAUAUUCACAGUUCUCCAUUUUGGUUAUUUGCAUAGUCUGUUUUCCUACAGGAGAGAGAGAGAGAGAGAGAGAGAGAGAGAGAGAGAGAGAGAGAGAGAGAGAGAGAGAGAGAGAGAGAGAGAGAGCACAGCUUUUCUCCAGUCGUUUAGAUACAUGAAAUUCAUAUCAUUCCAUUUCCACAAAUGAGAAACAAAUCUUGAUUCAGUGAUAUCUCAUAAUCUCAUUGUCUCAUUUUCUGGCCUUCAAUUGCUAGUUCUCUUCACUAGUCAGAAAAUAAACUUUUGUUGCACAUAACAGCAGAAAGCGUUUGAGGAAUGUGGAUAAAUCAGCGAUAUUGGUAGCUUUCCUUGUCCCAGAUCUGGAAGUGUUCAAUUUGAUUGAGAGAUCUGGUUUUUUUUCCCUCUGACUGGAAUCUACGAACUUAGAGAGAGAGAGAGAGAGAGAGGAUGAGAUCCAUAGAGGAUAAGGGGUGCUUAAACAUUGCUCCAGUACAAGAGAAUUCAGGCAAGUUCGAGUUUCACAAAGGAAACACACCAAAUCGAGGUUUCGGAAAGCCAGCGCCGUCCAAAUGGGACGACGCGCAAAAAUGGCUGGUGAAUCUAUCAAGAGGACCCGAACCCAAGUCCGAAAGGCCGAGGGAUUCGAACGCCGACGACAGGAGGCUAAUAGCCCCGGUUCCGAAAAACGAUGACUAUUCUAGCGGCGGCGAAGAUGUAAACGGAAUGCAAUUCGAAGGGGAGACGAAGAACGUGGAUUGCGAAGAACCCGUUUGGAGGGUCAAUAAACGGAACCCGAACGCGGCCGUGGUUAGGUCUAUUUGUGUGAGAGACAUGGGGACUGAGAUGACUCCCAUUGCUAGUCAAGAGCCUUCCAGGAAUGGCACUCCUAUUCGGAUCAUGAGCCCGAAUAGGAGUCCUAGUUCUUCGGAGUCGUCGACCCCGGUCAGGACUCUGGAGAGAGUGGUUGAGAGUUCGCGGGGGAAUGGGGUGGCCGCAGCCGAGGGCAGAGGCGAGGGUGGCAGAGGAAGUGGUGGCGGCGGCAGCACGUUUGAUGAAUUUAGAGGUAGUCCGGCGAAGAAUUCUGAACAGGUUGAAAAGGGUAAUAGUGCACUGGAAAUAAGGGCGGCGGCUUGGGAUGAGGCGGAGCGGGCUAAAUAUACUGCAAGGUUUAAACAGGAAGAAGUGAAGAUACAGGCCUGGGAAAAUCACGAGAAAAGGAAAGCUGAAAUGGAGAUGAGGAGAAUGGAGCAGGUCAAGGCCGAACGACUGAAAGCACGAGCGCAGGAGAGAUUGGCAAACAAACUGGCUGCGACGAGGAGAAUCGCUGAAGAGAAGCUUGCGAACGCAGAGGCUAAACUAAAUGAACAAGCUGUUAGGACUUCCGAACGUGCCGAUUAUAUUAGGAGGACUGGUCGUCUCCCCUCUUCGUUCUCCUUUAAGCUGCCUUCCUGCUGCUGGUAGCAACUCUUGAUAGUAUUUGCAGUACUCUUGUUUUGCUGGCAAAUUUUAUUGUCCUUUUUAUUUACUUUUAUCUCUUGUGUCUCUGAAUUGAAAAUGUGCAUUUAUGAUUAUUUAUGUUUUUGCUUGAAUAAAUUCUGAAUUGCACAUACUUAUUAAGCUUACUAUGAUGGAUUGAUGGUAUGGUAUUGAUUAUAAGAUUUUUGAAUAUUGAUAUCAUGGAAUUAAUCAAGAAUUUGUUC